CUAUUAUCUCUUCCCUCCUGUCAUCUGAUCGCUGUGCGGCCCGAUUGGAGCUGCGACUCAGCCAAUCACGAACGACCGCUGGCCACCUGCAGGAAGUUGACCGUCCACUUAUCUCCACCCUCCUCCGCCUGCAGCCAGAUAACAGUCCCAACAGUUGGAUUAAGUACCAGCUAGUCCACCACCGCAAACUGAUGGCCACCAAAACACUUUAACGGUCUCCCCCACAGCCCAGAAAGACUGUCUCUAGUGGGUUUCGGGUAGUCCGUGGACUCGAGUUUGCGCUGAAAAUCCAGUAGAUGUUUGGUAGCAUGUAAAGAAGUUCUUCUGAGAUACUGUCGAUAAAGAGGAAGGCCGUAGGGAGAGAGAGGAGGGACGCAGCCUUCCGUUACCUCAGUUCCAGUGCGCAGCGACGGCAAAAGGCACCAUGAGCGUCCCGCUUUACGCACCGACUCCCAUCCAGCCGGCUCACCCGACACCCUUCUACAUCGAGGACAUUCUGGGAAGGACUGCCACCACCACCUCCUCCUCUCCUUCUUCUUCUUCUUCUUCUUCUCCUUCUUCUUCCUCCUCCUCCUACUCCUCCUGCUCCACUCCGAUCAUCCCCACUCCAACUCUCCCGUCGCCCAACUCCUCCUUUACCAGUCUCAUCUCACCGUACCGGACGCCGAUUUACGAACCCACACCGAUCCACCCGGCGCUGUCUCACCAUGCGGCUGCGGCGCUGACGGCGGCGACGUACGCCUCUGCCGGGACCUUCGCCGGCUCCAUCUACCCGUUCCACCACCAGCACCACCGCUCCAUGGGGGAGUACGCACAGGCGCUGCUGAGGCACGACCCUCUCGGGAAACCUCUGCUGUGGACUCCCUUCAUCCAGCGGCCCUUGCAUAAAAGAAAGGGCGGUCAGGUCAGGUUCUCCAACGAUCAGACCAUCGAGCUGGAGAAGAAGUUUGAGACGCAGAAGUACCUCUCCCCCCCGGAGAGGAAACGGCUGGCCAAGAUGCUGCAGCUCAGCGAGAGACAGGUUAAAACCUGGUUCCAAAAUCGACGAGCGAAGUGGCGGAGACUAAAACAGGAAAAUCCUCAGGGAGGGAAGAGAGAGGUGGAGGAGGACAGCUCCGCCGGGAGGAGUACUAAAGGCGAGGACAUGAGCGAGCCCUCGGGGAUCCAGAGCCCGGAGCACAGACACACGGUCCCGGCCUCCGAGCUGGCGCCGACGGGCCGUUGCGGGCGCUCCGUGUCCCCGCAGCAGCCCCACACAGAGCUGGACUCUGACGUGUCAGAUGACACAGAUCAGGACCUGGACAUAGAGGACGACGCCGAGUUCACAAUGAAGAACUAAUGCUGAGCCACAGGCUCCUCAAUAUUUCGGACAUCGGGAGCUGCGUGAUGAAGAUUACAGGACUCCUCCGACACUUCGCCUCCUCUGGGCUUGUCCUCUGGUCCUGUCCUCUGGUUCUGUCCUCUGGUCUGUCCUCUGGUCCUGUCCUCCGGGCUUGUCCUCUGGUCCUGUCCUCUGGGCUUGUUCUACAGGUUGGCGGCCAGGAUGACAGACUUCUUCCUGCUGUAUAAAGCGCAGUAGUCUGCUGUGUGUGUGCUGAUUGUUAGGCCUCCGGUUCUGUCGAUCACUGUAAAUAAACAGCAGGUCUAAAGCUAAGAUUAGUUCUUCCUGUACUGUAUGUGGUUUUGGAUGAUAAACGCUCUUAUGUGUAUGGGCCGUUGCCAAAUGUGAUAUUCCAUUAAAUAAUCAAUGUAGCGCAAAUUUCGUUUUGGUUGGCGACAUCUAAGAAACUAUUUUUGUGGAUUUUUUUUAUGGUGAGAAUAAAUUUGUCACUUUGGGAUGUA